UGGGGUUUAAAGCACAUUUAUUAAAUUCAAAACUGCGAACUAUACUUCUUGCAUAGUUUGGCAAAAAUGCAAACCAUAUCAACAUCUCGAAGGUUUACAAAUCCUAAAUUACUGAAAGGUGUGGGCGGCGGUUUGAUGAAUACCUACUUAAAAUUGGAGGGGGAAGUGGAACAUGAGGAUUGCCGAGAGAGCACCAAAACAUAGGCCAAUGUAACAAAGAAACAAACAACUGCACUGUAUUUUUGGAGAGAGGAGAUGCUUAGAUGAGCCAAAUCUCAUGGACCCUUCAAAGCUUUCGCCACCUUUUGAAGGCCUGCAUAGCCGAGAGAGACCUCUUCACCGGAAAAUCUCUUCACACCAUAUACGUCAAGUCCCUUCUACCUUCCUCCACCUAUCUCUCCAAUCAUUUUAUCCUCUUGUACUCCAAAUGCGGUCACCUUUCCUCUGCUCGCCACGCCUUCGACCACAUCCCAGACCCCAAUGUCUUCUCUUUCAACGCCAUCGUCGCCGCGUACGCAAAAGAAUCACUAAACCUUAUUGCCCACCAACUGUUCAAUCAAAUUCCUCAGCCGGAUUUAGUGUCUUAUAACACUCUCAUUUCUGCUUAUGCUGAUCGAGGUGAGACCCAACAAGCUUUGUGCUUGUUUGAUGAGAUGAGAAAGAUGGAUCUUGACAUGGAUGGUUUCACUCUGUCAGCUGCAAUAACAGCUGCUAGUAAGGAUGUUGGUUUGGUUAGGCAGCUGCAUUCACUGGCAGUUUCAGGUGGGUUUGGUUCGUUUGCAUCCGUCAACAAUUCUCUGGUAACGUAUUAUGGUAAAAACGGGCUCUUGGAAGAGGCUAAGAAAGUUUUCUAUGGGAUGGGUGAGGAGGUGAGGGAUGAGGUGUCAUGGAAUUCGAUGAUUGUGGCAUAUGGCCAGCAUCGCGAAGGGUCCAAGGCCUUGAGCUUGUUUCAGGAAUUGGUUAGCAGGGAAUUGAAUGUCGACAUGUUUACUUUGGCCAGUGUUUUAACUGCAUUUACGUGUGUGGAGGAUCUAAUCGGCGGGCGUCAGUUUCAUGCCAAGUUAAUUAAGGCAGGUUUCAAUCAAAACUCUCAUGUGGGGAGUGGCUUGAUUGAUUUAUAUUCCAAGUGUGGUGGUGGCAUGUCAGAUUGCAGGAAAAUAUUUGAAGAGAUUCCUUCACCGGAUUUGGUUCUUUGGAACACAAUGGUUUCUGGGUAUUCCCAACAUGAGGAAUUUUCUGAAGACGCUCUAUGUUGUUUCAGGCAUAUGCAGCGUGUCGGUCACCGCCCUGAUGAUUGUAGCUUUGUCUGUGUGAUUAGUGCGUGCUCAAACUUGUCAUCACCCUCUCAAGGGAAACAGAUUCAUUCUUUGGCAAUCAAAUCGGAGAUUCCUUCAAAUAUUAUUUCAGUGAAUAAUGCUCUUAUCACAAUGUACUCAAAAUGUGGGAAUCUGCAUGAUGCAAGGAGGUUGUUUGAUAGGAUGCCAGAACACAAUUCUGUCUCCUUGAAUUCGAUGAUUGCAGGAUAUGCUCAGCAUGGUAUUGGGAUGGAAUCACUGCGUCUUUUUGAGCAAAUGCUCCAAACUAGUAUCAGACCUACAAGUAUAACAUUUAUCUCAGUUCUUUCUGCUUGUGCUCACACUGGAAAAGUUGAGGAAGGUCAGAAGUAUUUCCAUAUGAUGAAGGAGAAAUUUGGUAUAGAACCAGAAGCAGAGCAUUAUUCAUGCAUGAUAGACCUGCUGGGUCGAGCAGGCAAUCUGGAUGAAGCUGAGCAGCUCAUUGAGACAAUGCCAUUUAGCCCCGGUUCCAUUGGUUGGGCUUCAUUACUCGGUGCCAGUAGAAAGCACGGAAACAUGGCACUAGCACUGAAGGCGGCCAAUCAAGUUGUUCAGCUGGAACCUUUGAAUGCUGUUCCUUAUGUUGUACUAGCAAAUAUGUAUGCAAGUGCAGGAAAAUGGGAGGAGGUAGCAACAGUUAGAAAGCUUAUGCGGGACAGAGGUGUGAGGAAGAAACCAGGAUGUAGUUGGAUUGAGAUGAAUAAGCGAGUACACGUUUUUGUGGCUGAAGAUAGUUCCCACCCAAUGAUCAAAGAAAUUCGUUCAUAUUUGGAAGAGAUGUUAAUGAAGAUAAGGCGAGCCGGCUAUGUACCAGAUGUCAGAUGGUCUUUGGUAAAGGAAGAUGAAGCAGUCGAUGGAGAGCGAGAGACUAAACUAGGACAUCACAGUGAGAAGCUUGCAGUUGCAUUUGGGCUCAUUUCAACUAAAGAAGGAGAGCCUAUUCUUGUGGUGAAGAACCUAAGAAUAUGUGGGGAUUGCCACAAUGCUAUCAAAUUUAUCUCUGCCGUUUCUGGGAGGAAAAUCACUGUGAGAGAUGCCCACAGAUUCCAUUGCUUUAUGAAUGGGAAUUGCUCUUGUGGGGAUUAUUGGUGAUAACUAAAUAUGCUCCAUGUCUGUUUUUUCAGGACGAUUAUAAUGAGACAUGUUUGGGCAUCUCCAAUGAGGCAAUCCACUAGUUGCCUAAAGUACAAAAUUUAUUUUAAAAUAUUAGUUUUUGUUUAAGAAAUAAUGGAAGGUUGCCACUAUCUCUCUAGUAUGAUAAUGAGUGUUGUUAUUUGGCACAUUAAGGUGUCCAACACUACACGACGAGUUGACAUCUUAUAAUUGGUUAGUGAUACCCGAUAAUACUUAUUAAAUUCAAAUAUAUUGGAUUUGAUAUUAAAUUGCAUCAAUAGCUAUACGUCAUCAACUUGUGGUGUUGGGUACUAAUGGUGCUCCUUAGCAAUUGUCUAUAGUAAUCAUCUUUAGCAGCCACGUUGGCAUUGGUUUGACAAAAAUUAGUCAAGCCACUCUUGUGGCUACAACGGCGGAGAAACUCUUAGUAUGAUAUCAAUGACCGGUCAUAACUCAAAAGAAGCAAUUCACUCCA